AUGUACUGGCCGACGGGCAGUGCCCGCCGACUGUCUGUCGAGUCGCUGGGCUUCGCCGACAUACACAAGGAGGCUGUUCAUAUGUCAUGUGCGCGUGACGGCCUGCUGUGGCUCGUCCUGACGCGGUCUGCCCUCCUGAUUUGGCGCGCUAAGCCCGCGGAGCUGGUCACGGCGAUGGUGCGUACGGCGCGCAGCAUACAUGAAUAUGGCGCGAAUGUAUGCGCUUUGUGGCGCCACGAUUCUGGUGCGCUGGUCGUGCGUACCGAGCGAGAUACACUCCUUUUCUACGAUCUCGUCCAGCCCACGGAUUCGCCCGCCGUGCAUGCCCUCUCUGACUCGACGGCACCUGACCUGGUCCCCUCCGCCCAGGCUCUACUCAGCACGUUUCAGCCAGCCACAGGCGAUGCUUACCAUACGAUCGGAAGCGAUCUCUUCGGCGGCCGCAUUGCCCUGCAACUCGUGUUCCGCGAUGCCCUCCAAGUCGAUCCGGGCAUUUCGGCCAUCGCCAGCAUCGACCCUGAGAUCCUCGUUGCCACUCGUUCCCCCGCUGCCGUGCAGCUCGUACCAUGGCCCAGUGCAUCCGAUGAAAAGCCGUCUGCACCACCCGCACCCCCCAUUCUGCUCACGUCUUUGCCGUGGCUCACACCAUCCCCCCUGGUGCACGCCGAGCAUUCCUAUGCCACAGACCUGUCCGCUUGGCUCACGGAAGAUGGGUGUGCCUACAUUGUCGGACAAUCGGAUGCAUGGGUUGGAGCUCGUGCAUACUCAGCCUCGGAAAAGGACGCGAUGCCCGUCACGACGGCCGUCAAUGCACGUUUUAGUCUGCUGGCCAUCGGUUUGGAACAAGGCGAUAUCGUCAUGUUCGAAUUCCACACACCGACCCAAAGUCCGGAAAAGACGCACACGCUCUCUCUCUCCCCUCAUGUCACGGGUCGCGUCACGUCUCUGGCCUGGACGGCCGACGGCCAUGCCCUGGCCGUGGGCUACGAGCGUGGCUGGGCUGUAUGGAGCAUGUUUGGCCAUCUCAUGACGCACAGCUUCCGAAGCGACUGGCAUUCCAUGACGCGCGUGUAUCGCGACACGUUUCAGUUCGGCACACAGAGCGUCUUUUGGGCACUGGGCGGAACAGAGCUCUUUGUGUUGCCCCGUGUGCCACCGGCCGAUGCUCCGGUCAAAGAUGACGACAAGACACUGGUGUAUAUUUUGCCAUUCCUCAAGGCAGCAUCAACUGCACAAUUGAUGCCUGCAGAGACGGACGGAUGCUUCCUCGUGGGCGACACAGGCGCCUACAUAUAUCGCGGGAAUGAACAGAGCGAUGCGGGUCUCCUGAUGCCAGAUAAUGAUAUUUGGCGCCAUGUCCCCUUUCCUCCCGAGUACCUGACAUGGCAGUGGCCCAUUCGUUAUGCGGCUCAGAGCAGCGACGGCCGUUUUUUGGCCAUUGCCGGACGACGCGGACUCGCACACUACAGUACCGUCUCGGGACACUGGAAAAUGUUCGAGGUGGCGUCUCAAGCACUCUCGUUCUGUGUGCGCGGUGGUAUGGUCUGGUUCCAGCACGUUUUGAUCGCUGCGUGUGACUGCAUGGGCGAGAUUCAAAUUCGCCUCUAUUCGCGCGAUCAAGCGCUGGACAAUGCACAUCUCCUGGACCUCGCGGUGCUCGACGCACCUGUUGUCACGCUGCAGCUCCUAGACACGAGCCUCCUCUUGUAUCUUGCCAACAAUACCCUUGUCCAUUACAACAUCACCACCACCCGGGAACAUGUGCGCCUGAUCUUGUGUGGCAGCAUCUCAUUCGAAGGUAUCAUCGGCGAGCCUUCACGAGUUCGCGCAUUUUCUUGGCUUCUGCCGGAACAAGCUGAACUUCUCCCCACCGAUGACUUGACGAUGGCGACCUUGGUGUUUUUAAUCGAUGGCAUGCUUGUAUUACUGCGCCCGGCAAGAGCAUCUGACGAUGACCAACUUUCAUAUGAUUUGCAAGUGUUACACGAACACAUUGAGUCGUAUUGGACCCCUAUUUAUGCCUAUGAGGCUUUGCAACAGUCUCUAUGGAGCUUCGAUGGUCAGCGCGUGCUUGUUUGGCUGAACCUACUCCAGCAUAGCGACGCGCCUGACUAUGUCUUUUCGGUGGAUGAUACAUACCCCCUAUGUAUUCUGACUGACCGCGGCAUUAUCCUUGGCGCUGAUUCCCAAGCUGUCGUCCGACGCACGCUUGAUACCACUGCCUAUCGCUUGCGACUUAGCACCUCCCUUUUUCUCGAUCGCAUCCUUCGUGCAUUACUUCAAAGGCGCCGUGUAUCGGAGGCAAUCCAUUCCGCUGCACCGUACGUGCCUCUUGAAUAUUUCGCUCAUGUACUUGAAGUGCUUGUGCAUGAUAUUCUCGAAAAAGAAGCGGAUGAGUCUACGUCUGCUAGCUUGGAGGACAAUGCGCCCCUUUUACCAGCGGCUCUCGCAUUCUUGGAUCAUUUCGAUGUCGCACUGCAGGUGAUUGUCCGCGCUGCCCGCAAGACGGAAGUAUCGCGCUGGGCCUACCUCUUCGAUGCAGCGGGACGCCCAAGUGACCUGAUGCAACGCUGUUUGGACCGAGGCGAUUAUGCUUCUGCGGGUGCUUACCUAUUGGUGGUCCACGAAAUGGAAGACCGUCCCACAAGUAUCCAAGCUACAGCCACAGCUCUUGCUCGCUUUGAAGAAAACGAGGAAUGGGAAAUUCUACGACAUGCCUUGAGUUUUCUCCACGGUGUGGAUCAGAAUGGUGAGACGUUGCGAGUCUGUGCGUCUAUCGCAGCAAAACUUGUUCGUGGCAAAUCGCUACUCUCGAUGGAAAAUGAUCUGGAAGGCGCCCAGGAAGUGCCACUCUCACGCACACCUUUCCAACCCAAACAGUCAUCACGCAAAUACAGUCUCAACGAGUCGCCACGCCGACCUUCCAGCCUCGCUCGCAAAACCAGUCUCUCUUCUAUGCCUCUGUCCCCCGCGCAAAAUACUCCUGUUCUGCGUGCAUCUUCAGCACAUGUCCUCCAUCGCGCUGCCAGAAGUGCAUCUAUCACACUCUCUCCUUCGAUGCCCCGAAUGCAGGCCAAUGGACGUCUCGUGAUCCCCGUAUCACCUUCGCCUGGUCCUUUGACCCCCAAGCCGUCAUAG